GCGCGCGCCGAGCGGAGGCCGCGAGCCCAGUGCGCCCGGCCCGCCGCGCCCCUCCCCUCGCCGCCCGCGGCGCGCCUCCUCCCUCGCUCUUCUCGCCUCCUCGCCUCCGCCGGCCGGGCCGCCGGGGACCCGGCCCCGCGGCCGACACCGCCCCUCCCGGGGGCCCGGGGAUCCCGGACCUCUCCGGCCGUGGACUGAGCGGCGGCGGCGUCCUCGCCCCGGCGGCCCGCGGGGCAGGGCGGAGCGGAUCCUCGCGGCCGCUCCGGACGCGGCGGGUGCCAGAGCGCGGACAUUCGGGGUCCGGGCUGAGCAGGUCCCGGGCGCCCGGCGAGGCCAGCUCACUCCGGGCGGGCAGACCCGGCGGAGCCCGCAGCCGGCCGAUCUGGACUGGACAGAGCGAGUUCCGGACGGCGCCGAGCCCGGGGACGGCCGGGCGCGGGCCGAGGGCAUCCCGGCGCCCUCCGAUCCCUCCGACUUUGGUUCACGCGCUGGGACCGGUCCGGCGUCGCCUCGGUCUCCCUGCGCCCGGGUCACCUGUGGCCUCGGAGCCCCGGGCCCCCCGGACGCUCGCUCAUUCCCCGCCCGAAGCCCGGCGGGGGUCGGGGGAGCUUUUUCCUGCCCCCUUCCGUGGAGCGCGGAGGCCCCGCCCCCUCCCACCGCCCAGAUGUCUCCGGUGGCGGCUCUGAGGACCUCCCUGAGGCCAGGGGCCGAAGGGUCCAGAGAGAGAAGCCCGCCCUAGACAGCCUUGGGGGCCCCCCAACCUCAUCUUGGGGCUUGGCCCCCGACGCUGCUCGGAAGGAAGGCCGGUGCACCCACCCUCGGGGGCUGCCCUCCUCCAAUCCAGCUCAGCUUGCCAGAGCUGCCCACAUCUGGAGCCCCCUCCACUUCUGGAAGACCCCAGCCACCAUCCCUCUGCAGGUGUCAGUUGCAUCCAGAGAUCUCUGCCUUUGCCACUGCCUAGGAGUUGUGAGGGGAUCAGGGCUGCCUUCCCCCCAACCCAAGGGCAUCUCUUACCCUUAGUCCCUGCAGAGUCAUCCCCCUGCCUCUGUGUUCAGGCUCAGCCAGAGAUCAGCUCAGCACACCCACAGGCACUUCAAGUCCUAGAGGCCACUCCUGAGACCCAAGGCCCCUCCCCCUGCCCUCUUGUGUCCUCACCUUGACCCCCUGUGACAGGCUCUGUCUCCCUCUGGGUGUCCCGUUCUUCACCCAGAGGCAGAGGAGGUGGGGUGGCAGAGGGCAGGGACUGGGUGAGGGCCACCCAGGGCCAGGGUGGGCUGGGGGGCCGUUAAGAUGAGGAGCUCUGCCUGGCUGAGGGGGGCUCCGUGGAGGCAGACGCAGUGUGUGCCCGGCUGGGGGGAGUAUGGGCAGGCCUGCGGCCACGUGGUAAAGGAUGAACAUUCGGGGCACCCCGGACCUCGGGCAGCCCAGUGACGACCCCAGCAGUGGUGGCGAGCGGGAACGGAUUCGACAGCGCAUGAAGAUGGUCAUCGGGCAGCUCGAGGGCAUCCUGCGGGAGCUCAAGGAGGUGGCCAAGGAGCUAAGGGAGGAGGGCAAAGCACUCAGAUGUGAAGACAAGUCAUGCAAGACUGCCAGGGAACAGCACAGGAUGCUCGAGGAAGGAGCAAGGCCAGCAGAGAGGAAGGGCUUAGCUGUAACCCUCUCUGCCAUCCUCCUCCUCUGUCUGCUGCUCCCCUUCCCCAGCCCCAGACACCGCUGCUCAUGGCAGACCCUCCUCAUCCUCUUGAGCGCACAGCCUAAAAUUCACAGAAAGGUGGUGAGCCAGAUCGAUAAGCUGACCUCAGACUUCGACUUUGAACUGGAGCCAGACGACUGGACCACAGCCACUGUGAGCAGCACCUCCAGCAGCGACAAGGCGGGCGUGGGCGGCCCCUUUGACCUGGGCCACCUGGACUUCAUGACAGCCGACAUCCUCUCGGACAGCUGGGAGUUCUGCUCCUUCCUGGACGUGUCUACCCCCUCGGACUCCGUGGACGGCCCCGAGUCGGCCCGGCCAGGGGCUGGGCCCGACUACCGGCUCAUGAACGGCAGCCUGCCCAUCCCCAAUGGACCGCGGGUGGAGACCCCGGACUCCUCCAGUGAGGAGGCCUUCAGCGCUGGCCCUGCAAAAGGCCAGCUGUCCCAGCGGACCCCGGGCACGCGGGAGAGGGUGCGGUUCAGCGACAAAGUGCUCUACCAUGCUCUGUGCUGUGACGAUGAGGGGGACGGCGAGGAGGAGGCAGCAGAGGAGGAGGCCGACCUGUCCCCGGAGCCUCCUCGUACAGAGGCCCCCGCGGGCCCCCCCAAGCCCGCCCCGGCCCCCUACAAGCCGAGGCGCUCUCCGCUGACCAGCCACCGCUCAGGCCCCACCGUUGCCCCCGAGCAGACCCGAAGGGUCACGAGGAACAGCAGCACCCAGACGGUGUCAGACAAGAGCACGCAGACGGCGCUGCCCUACACAGCCACCAGGCGGAAGGCCAGGGGGAAAAACUAGGGCGUGGUCCAGGGGGCGGGGGGCACGCAGGGCUAUAAAUACAUAUAUCUAUAUUUAACAAACACAGUCAUAAUAAAAUUUAAAAA